GUUCGCCGCAACCUUCCGGCGCGUCGACUUCUGAUUCGGCUCGGCGGGCGCACGAUGGCGGACGCGACGCCGCGCUCCAGGCAGCCGCCGUCGUGGGCGGACAUCCCGCGGGACCUGGCCGGCAUGGUGCUCCGCCUCCUCCCAGCCUGCGCGGACCGCGCCCGCUUCGCUGCCGUGUGCCCGCAGUGGCGCGCCGCCGCGCGGGAGCGACCCCUGCCCCCGCCGCUGCCGCUGCUCGCGCUCCCGGACGGCACCUUCUACAGCCUCCCCCAUGGCAAGCCCUUCCGCUUCCCUGGUUUCGGCUACGCCGGCUACAAGAGCGCCUGCGGUGGUAGAUGGCUUGUCUUCCCGCGCGACGAUGGUUGCUUCUUGGUUGACCCCUUCGCCGGGGCCACCGUGGCGCUGCCUCCUCUGUCUCGCGUCCGGCUCCGGCCCCCUAAUGCAGUGGCUAAGUAUGUUCAGCUUCCGGGGGUACGUAUGUUCCACCCUUACGCCACUUGGAUGCAUAUCCAGGACCCCGAGAAGAUGCCCGUGAUAAAUAAGAUGAUCUUGUGCUCGCCAAACCUUGUCGCUGCAUUCGCCGGCUCUACACUCGUCGGUGCUGGAAACAACAGUCAGAUUAUAGUGUGCCAGCCAGGGGCUUCUUCAUGGUCGGUACGCGCUAAUGACAAAUGCGAGUUGUUUGAAGACAUGGCAUUCUAUCAGGGAAAGCUCUACGCCCUUGCUAAUGAUGAGAACCUCCUUGUCGUCAACAUCAGCCAAGACCCAACCACCGGCGAUCCACAGAUCUCCCGAAUUGGGAGGGUCAUCAUGGGCGAUCUGUCGUAUUCGACCAAUAUGUCAGACGAUGCUAAAGGGAAAAAGAAGCUCUACCUAGUCGAAUUGGGUGGCGCGUUGCUGAUGAUACACAGGAAGGUUUGCUGCAGAAGGGCAGGCGAGACACUUGUGGCUGGACAGAGUGAGUUUGAGGUGUUCAGGGCUGACUUGGAGCACUCACAGUGGGUGAAUGUGACAACACUGGGCGACGACCACAUGCUUUUCCUUGGACGACCAUGCUCUAGGGCUAUGUCCGCAUCUCAGUACGGAAUGCCAGGCGACCAAAUCUUCUUCUUGGAUGAUGUUAUGGAGAACUGCAAGCAGUACUCCUAUGAUGAGGAGACCACUUCUGUCAGUGUGUAUAACAUGAGAAGUGGUGUGGUCUCUUCCCCUCUGCGAAUGAUCUGGAAGCACGAGAUGAUGCUUGCGACAUGGCUGUUCCCUUGGGACUAAGGUAAAGGUGUUGUCUCUGAACGUUGUGCGGUGAUUAAUUGCUCCUACACUAGAUUUUAACUUCAUCAGUAUUGGUGUGGCCUUGUAUUUCUGUGUUGUCUACUUUCUCUUUUGGAGAAAUUUGCUGGUCACUAGUUAUGUGCCUAUGCAACCUGUGAAAUACAUUGAACACACUAUUGUCUGA